AGGCCAGAGAAGGAGGCCAAGACACCGACCGACGAGGCCACUCCCGUGAUGUCGCAGCUGCUGGCUAGUCCUGAGCAGAGUCCAGAGGACAAAGCCGCCAAAGUAAGCGCUGCACUUGGUGGCGCCGCCUCAAAUUUGCAGGCGGCACUGCAACACCAAGACAGGGAUGCCUUGGAAGUGGAGGCCUUCUUGUGCUCCUUGAAGCUGGAAAGAUAUAUGAGCCUCUUCAUGGAGCAUGGCUUUGAUUGCAUGGACGUUGUGAAAGAGAUGGAGGAGCAGCACAUGCAGCAGCUGGGCAUGGCGGCCGGGCACGUCCUGAAGCUAAGGAAGCGCUUGACCGAAAUGAAGCCUGCGAAGCGUGUGGAGCUGGGCCGAAAGGUGAGCUUUACAUCUCAGGCCGCACAAGAAGCGUCCCCCCAAAAGCAGGAAGCGAUGCCCGGAGAAGGGCAGGGAACCAGUGUAUCCAAUUUGCUGGAGGGCCACUUCAGCGAGGAGGACUCGGCUGCCAGCUUCCAAGAAGCCCUCAUGGCCUGGCGACAAGGCAACAAGGCUCCUGAAGUGACUGCGCCUGAUUCCAAGGCCGGCUCCUUCUGGGCCAGCUUGGGAGACCACGACGUGAACCUCGAGCGUGCAAGCACCCCAGCCAAGUUGCCGGUCGAGAGCCAGGGUGCUGGGACGGCAGACGCUGGACCUGUUGAGGAGAGGCUUUGUUGCUAUCAGUGCUUCAAGCAAUUCUAUGCACAGUAUGCCGUUGAAAGGGCGGAUCCAUCUGGUGCGAGUCCAAAGAGGCUUUGUUCCGAGGUCUGUGGAGAUGCUUGGGCUUCAUCGAUGCAAGCCAAGAUGGAGGCAUUGAAGGAGCGACAGCAGCAACUUCAGCAGAUGCAGGAGAUGCAACGGUCUUUGGACGAGGACCCUACACCAGAGAGCUAGCGGCAGGUCAGGCAAAAGAUGCCACCUUUCAGUUUGAGAUGUGAAUUCAACUGUAGGCGACCCUGAAAAAAGAGCCAACUC